UUAUUCCCUGGAUCUUGCGACUUCCAGCGCCGUCACGAUAUUCCCCUCUGAUCCCUCUAUUCUUUCCUGGAUCAACCUACAACUAACCAACCGCGCUCACACAGUGAGACUACCGCAGCUAUGCGACAAGCUCAUCCACCACCGCGCAACCCAAACAACAGCUAUCGCAGCUCGAGUUUCCGGCCAGCGUCAUCUGUCUACUCACAGCCUUCUCCUGUCAGCAACAACUUCUCCUCUGCGGGAUCCGGGGCCAACUAUCACCACGGCGCGGCGCCCGAUGAUAUUUCACCACCAAGCUCCCCAGAACCGAGUUAUACAACGAGCGGAGGUUACGGUGUUCCUCGGGGCCGCUCUCGGGACGUCUCCCCGAUUGACGAAGACCUAUCAGCCAUGACCAUAUCCCACGGCACCUCCAGAAAUGCGAGAAACAACAUGGAGGCCCAACAAUCUGACGGGGCCGCACAAUCACGGUCUAAUAUUCCCAGUCUGCGUCGAGCGCGACGGAAGCAAUCCGAUGCCGCGCUGCGAGAGGCUACACAGCGGCAGGGCCAGCAGAAGGGAGAUGUCCGUUGGGAUACCAUGACCGGCGAGCCAACAAACAGCGCAACGGGAAAAUCAUCACAGGUCAAGCCUGCCGAAUUUGCACGGGGACUCGGCAUAAGUGCGUCAUCUGCACCUACGCAGAAAAGCCCACCCUCGGCAAUCACUUCGUUUGGCGACAAGGUUAGGCGGAUGGCACAGUCAGGGAGAGCUGACAAGAAGCCCGACACGGUUGAACACGGCAUAGACCCUGCCGCGGGCGCCUUCACAUCCUCGCGCCCGGGAUGGCGGGGUGCGAGCGGCCGGACAGCGCUAGUUGAGCCCGUACGCGACAAUCCGGAAGUUACCCCAUUGAAGAUACCGCGGAAGAGCAGCAAGCGCGUCACUUCUCCACCAUUGGCGGCAGGCCCCGGGAAGCCGGGUCUAUUUUCGGGCACCCCUGUAAGCGGGCAUGCAGCCCCUGUCGGUCCAUCGGGGGCUGAAACGGCCGCCCAUUCUGUGCCUCCCCGGGAGACUGUAAGGAGAGUAGUGCCCUCGUCCCAGAUGUCUUUCCCGCCCAACUCGCAACCACAAUCGUCUGCACCCAGUGAAAGUGCAAUCAGCUCGACAAGCAUCGCUGCCCAAGAGGCAACACGAGGUAGACAACAAGGAAUCCGCAGGAAACCCCCUCCUGCCCACGGAAACCACCACCACUCCCACCAGGAGUCAGGUUCGUCCGUCUACACUCAGGAUCCCCAUGCGCCAAUACCUCCUCCGCAUGCUGCGAACCCAACGAGUACGGGGCCAGUAGAUCCGUGGACACAACCCGCGUCUCGAUUCAGCGUCACCACUUACGCCACGAGCGCAGCCGCCACGCCACGCGAGUCCCUUGACGUCUUCGAUCACGACCGACCGCCGAUGCCGACACCGCCGCAGCAGUAUCACUCCAGCCCCCAACCAAAGCAGGACUCCGUCAUGGAUCGUCGACGACCCAAGCUCACCGAGAGUGACGAUGACAAAGUUUAUCCCUCUUCCGGGGCCCCCGUAUUCGUCUCUAUCAAGGACUCGUUCAUGACCUCCCCGUUCUCGAGCUCCUCGACGGCAGCCCGCGAGCGCAAGGCAGCCGCCACCGGCACCAGCACCGGCAGCAGCCGCCCCGAACCGGCGGCCGUGUCCUGGGCGCGAACGGCCGGCGAGCGGCCCGUGUCGACAGCGUCGAGCAUCAACAAGAUGCUCCCGCCGGCGCCGCCCGAGGCGACGGCGGAGGAGUCGCGCGACCGGGUGGGGAUGCUCAACGCGCAGCUGCAGAGCCUGGGCAACCGGCGCAUCAACCUGCUGCGGUCGGUCAAGCAGAUGACGGAGCUCAUGCCGCAGGACAACGUGCUGGACAGCGCCGAGGUCGUGCACAAGCGCGGGCUCGAGCGGCGCAAGGUCGAGGCCCUCCGGCUCGAGCUCGCCGACGUCCAGCGCGAGGAGUACGAGCUCGGGCUGAAGCUCCACCGCGCGUACAAGCGCAUGGACAGGGAUGAGCAGUACGAGAACUCGGCGCUCUGGGUCCGGAGGGUUACUAGCUAACCUUUUCUUCGCACGUUGUUGCCGCUGUUGUUAUGUUCCGGGAGGAUAGGGAGGUGGGUCACGAUUUCGCAUGCAUGCGGGGAGCACGUGUUAUGACGCCUUUUUUUUCUUUUUUUCUUUUUCUUUUUUCUGAGCGACGGAGUUUGACGGUUUUCGAGAUGAUACUGUUUGUAUGUAGGCGAGACGUGUUGUACGAUGGGCUUAACUGUUGUACGAAUACAGAUCCAAAUUCUUGACUCGGGGGAUAAGUUAGCCUCCCGAGAACAAAUCAUAGAUUAUGAAUGUCUCUUCGCAACUACUUUAAAGACAGAAAACAUCAAACCUCCAAUGCUGACGUUGCCAAUCCAUCUAUGG